CCCCAACAAGCGCUACACUCGCACGCGGCCGCCACUCCCGCAGGGGCCGCGCAAGCCGAGCUAUCCCUCUUCUGCCGCCGCGGCACGCAUGCGUGCGGGCUCGGUUUCAUCGCUCCACCACGGAGGCCCCAGUGGCAGCAGCAGCAACUCCCGGAUCGCAUCGAUGAUGUCGCACGCCGCACCCAGGUUCCAGCCGAGCCGGGUGCAGUUCCGCGGGCUGACGAUGGAGGCCGCGCAGUGGACGCUCACGUCGCAGCAGCUGCAGCACAUCGUCUCGACGGCCAUCCGGCAGAGCGCAGACGCGUCGGCGAUCCGGAUAUUGCCCGAGGACACGCUCGAGCGCGGCCUGCCGGAGGAGAUCGAGCGGCUGGAGGCGCUGGCGGCGGAGCUGAAGCUCAAGUACAAGCUGAGCGUGCGCAAGCGGAACACGCUGCUCGCGAACGUGAGCCGCAUCGCGGAGAGCACGGAGUCGGCGGAGUCCGCUGCCGCGGUGGGCAGGACGAUGGACGAGCUGGGCGACGUGACGGAGGGCCUGGACCAGACGGCGGAGGACCUCUACACGGUUACCGACCAGCUUGCCCAGCUCGAGCACCUGCGGGACGUGCACCAGCGGAGCGCGCUCGCGAUGGCGCUCCGCAAACUGAACACGAGCUUCCUGAAGCAGGUCGGCGAGGUGCAGCGCUUGCGCGAGCAGGUCGCCACGCUCGAGGCGGAGCGCGAUGAGGCGUGGCGCGAGGCGCAGGAGGUCGCGCAGGAGUUCGACGACUUCACGGACCGCAUCAUGUCUGACACCAUCCCCACGCCCGGGGGCGCGAAUGGCAAGGACAAGGACAAGGAGAGCCUCACCCCCAGCCGCCGCUCGAGUCGCGUCAUGGUCGCGCGCAAGAACAGCCAGCGCGCAUCGAAGGCGGGCCUGCGCUCGAUGAACAGGCGGAGCCAACGGUCGUCGACGAGCAGCAACCAUCGGUACAGCGGUGCUGCGUCGCCGGGUGUGUGGUCUGUCCAGGGUGGUGGGGAGGACAUCCCGCCUGUGCCGCCUAUUCCGUUGCGCCGCAGCAUAUACUUCCCGUCUGGAGACUUGCCUACGCGGAGUUCGAUGGCUGAUUCGCCGUCGUCGGACGUCCGCGCAAUGAUCCAGGCGCAGAAGGAGUUGUGCGAGAUGUUGGGCAUCUCGAUGGAUGACAUCAAGGUCGGCCACGGGCCAUCGCGGCGACAGUCCAUGUCCGCAAUUCCUGUACCACGGAGUCCUGCAUCCGCGGCACCGACACGACGCAAUUCAGAAAUUGUCACGCCGAACCACCAGAAGUCGUUCAAGAUGAUGUCGAAAGAGAUCUAGCUGCCGCGCACCCCCUCGGUAGUGUCUAAGUACUGUACAUUUCAAGCUGGUGGGCGACGCCAAAGUGCGCCUGGUGUCCUUCACUCCAGUUAGAUGCUCUGGAUAUGCAGAGCUGACGUCGCACAUGACUGCUAGACAGUCGUGCAUGAUUUAACGCAUAUUUAUUGCUGCGGCAUUCAUUUUCGAUCCCGUCUUUAAUUCUUAUCUUAAGCUGAGUCGUUCGCUCCAUACGUAUCCCACUCAGUACCUUCCAUUAGUACGUGGCGGUUAGCAUCGACCUUGUCAUCUGACUACCCCAUCCCCCACGCUCAUUUUCGAUAUAUAGUCUCGUCUGCCUUCGUCCGGACACCUACAUCAUACCUUCAUGCACGCAUAUUCCAUAUCCCAGCCCAUGUAUACGCCCGCCCACGUCGCAUAUUUACUGACUGCAUCCGAUCUGGACCAUUGACUGUCGCUGCGCUGUCCAUGAUACCUCUUUGUAUCGUUCCGCUCCAGGCUUUGUCUGACGGUGUCAUUGCAGGCCUACUCAUGUAGUCGGGUAUCCUUGCCUGCUGAUGAAAAUUUCG